AUGUCUGAACUGCAGCUACACGUGCUGCUCAUGUCGGCCGCGACCGGCCCAAAUUUUUCGCUGGAAGCGCGGGGCGACCUACGCGCACGGCUACACAUUCCACUCAUUCUGACGACGAACACAGUCAUGGGCUACAAAGCAUGUGGAGCUGGUAUGACACGCUCUUCCCGUGUCUGGUUUUGGGUUGGGGUACUGGUGCUGCUGUUGUGCGUCCUGGUCGAGGCUGCGGUGGUGGGUGGCGGCGGGUUCGUGCCGUCUCAGCGACCCAACAUUCCGCAGUGUCGGGCCGAACUGGCUGCGGUGGAGUACGUGGUGAGCAUGGCAGCGAACGGUGCGAAUUCUGUGAUCGCGGCUGACAUCGAUGGAGAUUGUGAUCUGGACCUUGCGUCGGCGUCCUCACUCGACGACAAGAUUGCGUGGUAUGAGAACAUCGACGGAAACGGGACCUUUGGGCCGCAGCAAGUGGUGAGCACGGCAGCGAGUAGUGCGCGGUCUGUGAUUGCGGCUGACAUAGAUGGAGAUGGCGAUCUGGACCUGGCGUCGGCGUCGUACGAUGACGACAAGAUUGCGUGGUACGAGAACACCGACGGAGCCGGGACCUUUGGGCCGCAGCAAGUGGUGAGCACGGCAGCGGACGAUGCACGAUCUGUGAUUGCGGCUGACAUAGAUGGAGAUGGCGAUCUGGACCUGGCGUCGGCGUCGUACUCCGACGACAAGAUUGCGUGGUACGAGAACACCGAUGGGGCCGGCACCUUUGGGCCGCAGCAAGUGGUGAGCACUGCAGCGGAUUUUGCGCACUCUGUGAUUGCAGCUGACAUCGAUGGAGAUGGCGAUCUGGACCUGGUGUCGGCGUCGUGGAAUGACGACAAGAUUGCGUGGUACGAGAACACCGACGGGGCCGGAACCUUUGGGCCGCAGCAAGUGGUGAGCACUGCAGCGGACGGUGCGCGGUCUGUGAUUGCGGCUGACAUCGAUGGAGAUGGUGAUCUGGACCUGGCGUCGGCGUCGGGAAACGACAACAAGAUUGCGUGGUACGAGAACACCGACGGGGCAGGAAGUUUUGGGCCGCAACAGGUGGUGAGCAUGGCAGCGAACGGUGCGAAUUCUGUGAUCGCGGCUGACAUCGAUGGAGAUGGCGAUCUGGACCUGGCGUCAGCGUCGUCCUCCGACAACAAGAUGGCGUGGUACGAGAACAUUGACGGAGCCGGGACCUUUGGGCCGCAGCAAGUGGUGAGCACGGCAGCGGACGAUGCACGAUCUGUGAUUGCGGCUGACAUAGAUGGAGAUGGCGAUCUGGACCUGGCGUCGGCGUCGUACUCCGACGACAAGAUUGCGUGGUACGCGAACACCGAUGUGGCGGAGAGUUUUGGGCCGCAGCAAGUGGUGAGCACGGCAGCGGACGAUGCGUGGUCUGUGAUUGCGGCUGACAUAGAUGGAGAUGGCGAUCUGGACCUAGCGUCGGCGUCUAGGGACGACGACAAGAUUGCGUGGUACGAGAACACCGAUGGGGCCGGCACCUUUGGGCCGCAGCAAGUGGUGAGCACGGCAGCGGACUUUGCGCACUCUGUGAUUGCAGCUGACAUAGAUGGAGAUGGCGAUCUGGACCUGGCGUCGGCGUCGUACUCCGACGACAAGAUUGCGUGGUACGAGAACACCAACGGGGCAGGAAGUUUUGGGCCGCAACAGGUGGUGAGCACGGCAGCGUACUGGGCACAGUCAGUGAUUGCGGCCGACAUAGAUGGAGAUGGAGAUAUGGACCUGGCGUCGGCAUCGUUGCGCGACGACAAGAUUGCGUGGUAUGAGAACCUGUAUGGCAACGGGACCUUUGGGCCGCAGCAAGUGGUGAGCACGGCAGCGGACGGUGCACGAUCUGUGAUUGCGGCUGACAUAGAUGGAGAUGGCGAUCUGGACCUGGCGUCGGCGUCGGCGGGGUCCCACCCCGUCUACGAUGGUAUGAUUGCGUGGUACGAAAACACGGACGGGGCAGGAAGUUUUGGGCCGCAUCAAGUGGUGAGCACUGCAGUGCGCGGUGCUUACUCUGUGAUUGCGGCUGACAUAGAUGGAGAUGGCGAUCUGGACCUGGCUUCGGCGUCGGAGCACGACGACAAGAUUGCGUGGUACGAGAACCUGUACGGCAACGGGACCUUUGGGCCGCAGCAAGUGGCGAGCACUGCAGUGGGCGGUGCGUUCUCUGUGAUUGCGGCUGACAUAGAUGGAGAUGGCGAUCUGGACCUGGCGUCGGCGUCGGGGUUGGGCUUUAACGGAAAGAUUGCUUGGUACGAGAACACCGACGGGGCCGGGUCCUUUGGGCCGCAGCAAGUGGUGAGCACGGCAGUGAACGGUGCGGUGUCUGUGAUUGCGGCUGACAUGGAUGGAGAUGGCGAUCUGGACCUGGCGUCGGCGUCGCAGGACGACGACAAGAUUGCGUGGUAUCCCCGUUUCUCGCGCGGACCGUUCCAUGUUUACGCAGCAACCACUCACACUUUCGAACCGUCGUGCAUGUCGUUCAACCCGCUUGUCGUCUGCCUCUCAUCGGCACUCACCAGUCUCUCGCGCUGCGCGCGCGAUACCCUGCUCCUUCCACAAGGCCAGUACUCUUGCUUUCGUGACAAGCACCUGAACAUAAUUGGCAAGAGCAUCAUUCUCGCCCCCGCCGAAUCUGGAACCGUCACCUUUGCAUGCAAUGGCAACGCGCUUUUUCGCCUCACUUCCACGCCCAACUCCCACACUGAGCUUGAUCUUGUUGGCCUCCGACUCGAGAACCUCGGCAACAGCCACGCCACGCCGAUUGUCGGCUCAAGCGGGUUGCGCGUCGAGGAUGGCAACUCAAUCCUCCGUCUCCGCAACGUUACCAUUGAUGGUGGAUCUGACGGUGGCGCCGUGGCCUUGAUGGAUCCGGAAAGCGAGCUGGUGCUCAAGAGAGCGCGCAUCGAGUUAUCAACCGCUGGUACUGACGGUGGUGCCGUGUGGGCAAGUGCCGACACCAUCGUCGCCAUCACCGACGGGUCGAGCUUAUCUGCGAACUCUGCCGGUAGCAAUGGUGGCUGUCUAGCCGCACUGGCAGGAUCGCAGCUUGUGGCCAUCAACGCCACUUUUGUGGGCAACAUGGCAAAUGGCGAUGGUGGUGCGGUAUGGGCCGACACUAACACCAUUGUGACUCUAGACGGGCUAGGCCUGUUUGCGAACUCGGCCGGUCGCGACGGCGGCGGCCUUAUCGCCCUCUCUGGAUCGCACGUUGCUGUCACAAACUCGGCCAUCGACACAAACUCGGCCGGUCGUGACGGAGGCGGCUUUUCUGCGUCCGACAACACCCACCUCACGCUCACUGGCUGUUCUUUGGACAGAAACACCGCUGACGGUCUCGGCGGCGGCCUCUUUCUCUCUCCGUUCACCGUCGCCAACGUGUCGAACUCUGCCAUCACCGCCAACACCGCCAGUUCUGGCGGCGGCCUUGCUGUAUCCGCCGACCCCACAUCGACUGCCAGCGCGGUCUCCGUCGUCGAUAUUCCCGCCACAUCGCCUUCCUCCUUGCAUGCCCUCCUCCUUGAUGACACCACGAUCGCUGCCAACACUGCAUCUCGGGUCGGCGGCGGCAUCUUUGUGUGCGGGGCCCAAGCCGCUGUCUCUGGUGACCGCUCGACCUGGUCCGCCAAUGCCGCCCUCUGGUCGCCCACGACCCGCUCAUCCGCCGAUGCAUUCGAGUGUGGCGGCGGGCCGUGGCUCGACACCAGCGCGGCUCAGCCCGGCCUCGGCUCGCCUGACAUCCAAGGCCCACCCGCCACUCUCGCCUGGGCCGUCGAGCCUACACCAGUCGUCGAGGCCGGAGGCGUCGUCACCGGCGCGGUCCGCGUCCACGACGCCUUGGGUCGGAGUGUGGUCUACCGUACCACCAUCGCGCAGACAACCUAUUCCCCGUCGCCGGUGCUUCCACUGUUUGAUCUGCCCGACAUCCUGCUCGAGUCACCCAACGUGGCACUGCCUUCGGCCACGCUUUCCAUCGUCGAUGGCGCGCUCGUACCUGCCACCGUGACGUUCUCGGUCUCUCUCGUCACCGACGGCUCCGACCGCGGCCUUCCGGUGCCGCCUCUUCCAGGCUCGGUUGAUGUUGUUCCCUGUGGACUCGGCCGCGGCGGCGUGACCGAAGACGGCGUCACCACCUGCGCGCCCUGCCUCGUCGGGUCCGAGUCGCUUGAAGUUUCGCUGGCCCCUUGCACCGUCCAGUCAUCUUGCCCGACCAACACCCUCCGGCUUGCAGCCAACACAACCAACGAGCCUUGUGUGUGCGCGCCCGGCUUCUACACUCCAUCGGGCCGGUUCAACGAGCCAUGUAUUGCAUGCCCGCCCGGCGGUCGCUGCACGGGCGGCACAGCUCGACCUGUGGCCGGCCCGGGCUUCUUUCCGGACGAAAGCGACCCAACGCUCUUCCUCGCCUGCCCCAACCCCGAUGCCUGUGCUGGCGAAGGUCAAUGCCAGGCCGGAUAUGGCGGCCGGCUGUGCGCGCAAUGCCUGCCCAACUACUAUCGCCUCCGCGGAAAGUGCUUUGCGUGCAAGGCGGGCGUCAACACAUUCGUCACGGUGCUUCUGGUACUGGCGGCGCUUGUUGUUGCGGCUGCGCUGGUGAGCUUCAGCCUGGCCGAGGCGGUGCGGUACAAGUUUGCAGCCGCCAUGAUCGGGCUCAACGCUCUGCAAAUAUCCGCCCUCUACGGGAGGCUCGAGCUCGACUGGGGUCCCGUUGCCGCGGUGUAUUUUGACAUCGCGUCGUUUGUCAACCUCAACCUCGAGCUCACCAGCCCCGAGUGCAGCCUGGCCUCAGGCGCCGACGCUUGGGUGAUCAAACUGGUGUUGACGCUAGUCCUGCCAAUCCUAGCUGCGGCCGCUAUCCUGGUCGUCGGCUGCGGGUUUGCUGCUGGCAUCACGAUCAAGCUUCGGCCGGUCGCAAGCUACAGCCUGGGCCAGCUUGCCGGCGCAUGCAAGCGCGCAUGGUUUCAGAGCUUGGUCCUUCUUUACCUGCCGCUCACCGGCGCCGCGUUCUCAGUCUUCGGGUGCCGGCGCGAUGAGGCAGGGAGGUGGGUGCUCGAUGCCGAUCCGGUGCGGAGCUGCUACAACUCGGCCUGGUGGACCGGGCUGUUCCCCAUUGGACUUGCUGGCAUCGUCGUGUAUGCCGUCGCCAUUCCUGGGUGCGUGGUGUGGGUGCUGCGCCGUGCGCGCGAUCGCAUGGAGGCGACAACCUUUGCAGCGCGAUACGGGUUUCUGGUCGGUCGUUUUACUAGUUCGCACUGGUGGUUCGAAGCUGCCAUCAUGGCCCGCAAGCUCAUGGUGGUCAUGUGCAUGACGUUCUUUUUCACUGACGAAGGCAAGGCCAACGGCGCGGUGUUUGCGCUGGUGGGCUCAUUCGCCCAGCUCAUCUAUGCGCAGCCGUACGGUCGCUCCUUCCACAACGCACUAGCAGUGACGGUGCUAGCGGCGACCAUGUCUGUGCUCUACGCCGGCACGUUUGAUGACUACACGCUGCGGAUGGUCGGAGUGGUCGUCGGAGUGGUGGCCACCAUGGCCGCUAUUGUCAUCGGCAACGGCAUCGAUUUGUGGCUCAUUGCGCGGCACGAGCGGCAAGCUGACGAAGAGUACUUUCAGAGCGGCGUAUCUGAUUUUGCUACUAGCGCUGCUACGCCGGUGGGCGGAGGCAGCUUUGGUAACGAUGUCGAGUUGGACAAGGGUAGGCUUGGAUCGGACGAGCCCGUCAAUAGCCACUCCAUCGAGAUGUUCUCCGUCGGAGGCGAAGCCGAUGACUCGAUCUCGUUGGGGCUACAUUCAGCAAACGCGCCAUCAAUGUACACCAUUGAUUAA